AUGCAAUUUAAAUUGCUUUCUCAAAAUCGAGUCCAAACACAACCCACCUACAUUCAUACUCUUGACAAUAAGUCAUUUAUCGUCAGCUAUACUGAUAAAACCUUCGAAGCCUACACAGAAGCGAGGAGAUACAGUUUAAAACAAAAUUUCCCAUCAGCUCUUUGCGGGUAUAAUAUUUCGGAAGACACGUGCCUGUUGGGAUUGGAGAAUGGAAAUGGAUUGCUUGUGCGAAUCAGGAAUGAUCAAGCUGAUUUCAAUCUAUAAGAAUGGCGGGAGAAACAAUACAAUCUGACUUUCUCAGUUGCCAUUAUCUUUAUUGGCAAAAUAAAUUAAUAAUAGUACAUUGCUGUCCAUGAAGAUGGAACACUACUUAUACUCCAAUAGUCGAGUGAUGUUCAAUUUAGUAAGAUCACAAAAUUAAAAUACCAUUUAAAUAUAGGGUAGGCCUAUUUCAAUCAAGAGAUCGGAAUCAUCACAUCCGCCAAUCUUAUAUUCACUUUCAAUGCUAAUUAAAUAUCCAAUUACACUCACUGGGAAUUAGAUAAAUUCAGACAGCUGAGUGCAUCUCAACUCAAAUUGUUUGGCUAGACCAUCAAUCAAUACAAUGAUUAUUGGAAGUAGCAAUGUUAAAUCAAUGGCACCAUCUACAAGAUGAUCUAUCACAAAACUCUAAUUUACCUAAUCACUGAAAAGGGAUACUUUUACACAUUAUCUCACAAAGUCAAUUCAAUUGAAAUUGAAAAAAUAAUUGAUUUGAAUUACUCAAAACCACUUCAAUUAAAUCUUAUUAAUGAGGACUCUCUGCACAUAUCAUUUCAAGGUUCCUAAUUGUUAUUGUACAAUCUGAAGAAUAAAGUGGUCUCAACACUUUUACAAAUCAAAUCAGACAAACAAUUGAUAGGUUCAAGAAUCGAAAGAAAAGAUGGCAAUUUUCUGAUUUUGGUUAUCUAUCGAAAUAAGCCUUCCAACUUUUUGGAAUUGUAUCCACCCAAAUUGUGCGAUGCUCAUGUCAAAUUGAUAUCUGGUACAAAUAAUGUGGAAUGAUUUAUAUGAAGUGUAUAUAUAUACUGAUAACUUCU